UAGAUGGCAUAAGAAAAUUACUUAUGGUGAGAAUGUAUGAGAAAAACCAAUUGAUGGUUGGUUCAAGAGAUGAAAUUUGUCCAAGAAUCAGAUUGAAGAUUGAGGAGGAAAAGAUUAAGUCUAAGUUUUGCAUUCUAAAGCCAUCUACAACUUCUAGAUUUGAAGUUGAAGUGAAUGAUGAUACUUUUAUGGUUGAUUUGAAUAAGAAGACAUGUAUUUGUAGACAAUGGGAUAUAUUGGGGAUAUCAUGCAACCAUGCUAUCUCGUGCAUCAACUUCAUGAAGUGUAACUUAAAUGAUUUUGUAGCUGAUUGUUUCAAGAAAACUGUGUACGAGGGUUGCUAUCAAUUUGCAUUAGCGACCAGUGAAGAGCCUUUAUUGCCUCCGCCAUUCAGAAAGCUUCCAAGGAGGCCCAAGAAAGAUAGGAAGAGAUCCAAUGGUGAGAAGAAAAAGGAUGAGAAAAGCAAAAGAGUGAGGAAGCCAAGGGUCACCAACACUGAUCCUACUAAAAUAUCAAAAUCUGGUAUUACCAUGAAAUGCUCCAAUUGUCAUGGUACUGGACACAACAAGACAACAUGCCCCCAACCUUCGGCACCUAUCCAAAUUAAACUACCUGGCAAAAGAGGUAGGCCAAUGAAGCAUCCAAAGCAACUAACCAUUGAAGGAGGGGCAUCAAACAAACAAAGUGAAAGUGCCUCAACUAGAUCUAUAACGGGACAAUCAAAUAUUGUCAAUUCUGAGAAGAGAAGGGUUUUACAAGGAUAUGGAAUUUACGUAUCUUAAGCGACUGGAAACUCAUAUUUGAGAGUGAAGAUUUUAUUUUGUUAAGCAUUUUUUAAUCCACUAUGAUUAGCAUAAUAAGAUUAUGUUUUUCCCUCAAUUUUCAGAUGCCUAGGAGUAACAUAGUUCAAGAAAUUCGUCAAGGUGGUGCAAAUCAUACGGUGGAUCUUUCAAGCCAAGUUUUUGGACCUUCUCAAACUGAACAAUCUCAAAGUGAAGUAGGGCAAUAAACCUGUAGGGAGAGUUGGAUUUUGGGUGUAAAGCUUGUCCUGUAAAGCUUGUUUUGUAAAGCUUGGCCUGUAAAGCUUGUUUUGUAAAGUUUGCCCUGUAAAGCUUGAUUUGUAAAGCUUUGUUUUUUUUUUUGGAUAGUAUUUGAUAUAGAACAUGCUUUUGGAUUGCCUUUUUUGGCUAGUUGGUUGGUUGGUGUUUGGGGUAAAGGCUGCUUUGUAAAGCUUGUUCAAGUCUAGUGUGAAGGCUAUUUUGUAAAGCUAUUUCAAAGAUAUAUUGAUAUGUGGCUUCAGUUUCGUUC